GUGUCUGUCUUCUUCUUCCUUGGAAGUAAAAAAAAUUAAAAUAACUUCUUUUAAAGAAAAUCACUUUUUCUCCUGUUUUACCACCACCACUUUUGAAUCAAUACCACUUACAUUUUCAUUUUUCCAACUUAUAUAUACCACCAAACCAAGACUCAGAUUUGUCUUCUCAACUUCCAACACUUGAACUUCCAAAAAACAAAACAACUUCAAUUCAAAAUAAGCACUUGUUCCCCUGUUUCGGAAGAAGCUUGAGGAGAGUUAUUAUCAGAGAGGGUGGGAGAAGAAAGAACUUACUUUUAUUACUCAUCUGUAUUUGAAAGGAAAUCUGGAAGUUUGUUAAUGGAAACAAAGUUGUUGUUGAAAAUCACAGAACCGGAGUUUGAGAGACACGGGUAUCUCUGGGAGACACAGUCAGGAAGAGGAUCUUGCCGUGGAAGUUAGAUUAAUCAAACCCACUAAGAAAAAAAAUCUAUUUUUUUCACUCAAAAGAUUUGAUUUUUUUUUUUUACAUCAAGAACAACAAAGAAAGAUGGUAACUCAACUCAAAGAGGUUCUGAAAAAUCUCUGCUCCAACAAUGGCUGGUCUUAUGGUGUCUUUUGGCGUGUUAAUCCCAGAAAUUCCAUGUUGUUGACAUUGGAAGAUGCUUACUAUGACGAAAAGGUCCGGAUGUUGAUUGAGAAAAUGUCUCAACAAGCUCACAUCAUGGGAGAAGGAAUAAUUGGAGAAGUUGCGGUUACGGGUAAAGACCGAUGGAUGUUUUCUGAUACUUACUGCGGGAAGUGGAACUCAGUAGACAGUCAAAUUGUUUUUAAGGAUAAUUCCGAGUUUUACCGACAAUUUUCCUCCGGACUUGAGACAAUUGCAGUAAUUUCUGUAGCUCCACUAGGCGUAAUUCAGUUCGGAUCUACCCAAAGGAUACCAGAAAGGUUGGAAUUUGCGAAUCAGAUCAAAAGUUUGUUUCAACAUCUUGGGAGAAUUGAUGAGCUUCUUCUCUCAGGCAACGCGCCUUUGGUUUUGAACAGUGAAAUGUAUGAUCCGAGCGGGUUUCUUCCAUCUGCGAUUCAUUUUGAAAACUAUUACUCCAGUUGUGGUGCCAGCAAUGACCUUAUGCGAAGGACUCAAACAGCCAAAACUCUUUCGUUGCCUUUACCGUUCACCUCAGGAUUGUAUAAUGCUGCUGGAAUGCGAUCCUCGGCUAAUCAGUCCUCAUUUAACAACCAUAAACACCAAUUUCAACCAGCUCAAGUGAUAUUAUCAACACCUAAACUUGAGUUACCACAACCUAGUUUGACCCAUAAUUUUGCCACCAAAAACCACCCAAGGAUGAGUGCACUGACUUCGUUUGAGCAGCAAUUGCUUUCUGGGAUGGGGAUGCAGGGUUCCCAGCACAUUGUUCCCUCAAAUCCAGAACCUCUUGUUUCUUGUGGAAACAAAUUUCAGAAUUUGCAAGAGGAUUCAAUUCUUACUGCAUUGCAUAAUUUGCAAGGUUCCAGUGCGCCAAGUAGUACUGUCAAUAAUGCACGGUCAGUAGAAGCUAGUAGGACUACUGGAUAUGGCACAGCAAAUGCAGCAUUUCCAACUCACGCUCGACCAACCAUGCCCCAGUGGAGUUCUCAACAGCUAGAGCAGGGUAAUGAAAGAUUGCCUGCAGUAACUAACGACAACCUUGCACAAGCAGUUGGAGUUGCAGCUGCACCAUCUGGAUUGGUUGAAGCUGAGAUUUUUGACAGUAUCCCAGUCAAUUUCUCAGCUUCAUCCAUGCAAAAUUCAGUUAGUACGUUAGAUUCUCGCAACACAUGUGAUGAGAAGGAGAAAUCUUUGAAUGUUCCCAUGCAACUUCCUAUUGAUAGCAGCCUAUUUGAUAACAUGGAGUUUGAUUUUAGUUGUGGCAUAGAGAAGGAAUGUUGGGAUGAUAUUUUGAUGCCAGCAAAUAAUGCUAGUAAUCCGAUUUUGAGUAGCGGUAUCUCUGGAUGCAUCUCAAAUUUAGAAGUUGCCAGCCAGGCAGAUUAUUUUGCAGAAUUUUCAGUUGAAAACCUUUUCAAUGAAAUUGUUGGUAAUCCGUUCUUGGAUACUAAACCAAAGACAGAGGAUCAGUUGUCAGAAAGUAUAGUAACAAGAACAGGAGGUGCAUCAGAGUACAUGAAUCAAGUUCAGUCGUCCAGUAUUUCUUGCUUGGGAGAAAGCAUGGACACUUUUGCUUCUAAAUUAGGCUCCGAGAAAACGGAGAAGUUAGACAUGAACCCAACAUGUAAGGAGAAUCUUGUGAAGUCCCAGUUAGGAGCAUGGGUGGAAGACAGUUACAGCAUCAAUUCUGGGAGUGCCGUUACCACAAACUCCAAGGAACCCGGACAGCAAGGAAAAGUAACCAGGAAAAGAGCCAGGCCUGGAGAAAGCACUAGACCAAGGCCGAAAGACCGUCAGCUGAUACAAGACCGUGUUAAAGAGCUACGAGAGAUUGUGCCAAAUGGAGCUAAGUGUAGCAUCGACUCGUUGUUGGACCGCACUAUCAAACACAUGCUCUUCUUGCAAGGUGUGACUAAGUACUCUGACACACUCAAACAAGCCGAGGAGCCAAAGAUUAUCAGUGAAGACAAUGGCGUAGUUCUAAAAGAAAACUUAAAUGUUGGUGGUGGUGCUACUUGGGCAUAUGAAGUGGGCGGAAAAUCCAUGUUUUGCCCUAUUCUGGUUGAAGAUCUCAGCUCCAAAGGUCAGAUGCUAGUAGAGAUGCUUUGCGAAGAACGGGGUUUCUUUCUUGAGAUAGCAGACAAAAUAAGGGGUUUUGGACUAACCAUCUUAAAGGGAGUGAUGGAAUCUCGCAAUGAUAAGAUCUGGGCAAGGUUUAUUGUCGAGGUACAGGCACACCGGGAUGUAACAAGAAUGGAUGUAUUUUUAUCUCUAGCAAACCUUUUACAGCAAACAAAAACAGAUGAGAUCAAUUUAAGUAAGCAGCAGCAGCCAACUAAGGUUCUUGACAGCAUUAUCCCACAUUUGAAAGAAUACCAGCAAAAUCUCCAGUGCUACACCCAAUCAGUUUGAGUAAAAGAAUGCGGUUAAAACAUCAUAGAUUACUUCCAUGACAGGCGGUUUAAGUGUUCAAAAACGGUGACCGCGAAGAGCCAGGCAAACCAUCAAGCUUCUGCAUUACUUACUGCCAGUUGAAAUGAGAUUGAAGAUGACCAAUACUGCUGCUAUAAACUGUUAGAGGAGCAGGAGCUCGUGUAUGGGAGCGAUGAAAGCGGUCAAUUGGUUUCAUUCAAUCAGUUCUCCGGUAAGUGAUGAUCUAGAAGUUGAUCAAUUCUGCAAUGUGACAUGGGUGUGAAGUUCUGGUACGGCAAACCUAUACGUACGGUUACGUCGUCAAAGAUUCGCGUAGAUUCUAGCCGAAUAGUGGCUCGACAAACAGAUGCUUACGCAGAAGAAUCUCCGGGAAUUAGCAGCAAACUUAAGACAAGAAUGUGAAGCUAAGAAUCCACUUAUUAUGGCUCUCUUGUCAGUGCCUAAAAAAUUGUUGUUGUCAUAAAAUUGUAAUAAACAUUAGUUAUAUUCAUGUUUAGUGUCACUA